AUGACUAUCACCAUAGACCACGCAGCUACCCACGUCGAAGAAAAGAUCUUCACGAACCCGAAAAUUGAGGGUGUGCCGUGCCAACUGGAAGUAGACACAGGAUCAGCAAUCACAAUUAUGUCCUGGGACACUUUUGUGAAAGCCUUGCCGCACAUCGCCAAGUGCAAGCUACAAAAACAACGGCUCCGGGUGCAAGAUUACCAAGGCAAUCGCAUCCCUGUUCGAGGGACAACGACCGUCUGGGUAGAGUACGGGCAGCACAAGAAGACCCUGCCCAUCACGUUAGUCGAGGGAACCUUGCCUAGCUUGCUGGGACUGGACUGGUUCCGGGCAUUGGGCAUGGGGGUGACUGGCAUCCACCGAAUCGGAUGCGACCUGCAAGAUGCCCUAAUGGAGGAAUUCGCAGAGGUAUUCGAGGACCGCCUAGGCAAGUACAAGGGGACCCCUAUCUCUUUCAAUUUAGACCCCCAAGUAGCCCCCAUUCGGUUAAAGGCAAGGAGGGUUCCCUUUGCCCUCAAGCCAAAAAUUGAUAGAGAGAUAGAUAAAUUGGUCAAUCAGGGGAUACUGGUGCCAGUCGACCAUGCUAAGUGGGAAACGCCAAUCGUUACUCCCAUAAAGCCAGACGGGUCAAUCAGAAUUUGUGCAGACUACAAAGCUACCCUGAACAAAGCCUUACAAAAAAGCGCCUAUCCAGUUCCCGUGGUGCAACACUUGUUGCACUCACUAGGGCACGGACAAGUUUUCGCCAAAUUAGAUUUGGCACAAGCCUACCAACAACUACCAGUAGACGCCAGCACAGCUGAAGCCCAAACCAUUGUAACGCACCGAGGUGCCUUUAAAUGCACUCGGUUACAGUUCGGGGUGAGUGUAGCCCCUGGGCUAUUCCAAAAUUUGAUGGAGCGACUCCUACAAGGGCUACCAGGAGUCGUGCCCUAUUUCGAUGACGUGUUGAUAUCGGGGGAAAACUUGAAAGAACUGGGAGAGCGGCUGAGGAAAGUUUUGGCCGUUUUUCGGUCAGCUGGCCUGAAAGUUAAAGCAAAAAAAUGCCAGAUUGGGGUCGAGUCUGUUGAGUUUUUGGGCUAUAGGAUAGACAAGAAGGGAAUUCACCCCACUGAGAGCAAAGUGAAAGCAAUAAAGAGAGCCCCAGCACCCAAAAACAAGACAGAGCUUCAGGCUUUCCUGGGUCUGGUAAACUUUUAUGCAGUAUUUCUAAGGAACAAGGCAACCGUUGCUGAACCGUUACACAAAUUGCUAGGAAAAAACUCUGUUUGGUCUUGGGGAAAGCCAGAGAGCAGGGCAUUUGAGGCAGUCAAAGACUUGCUAUCAGGCGAAAGCCUGUUAAUCCAGUAUAAUAGCAGACUGCCGUUAGUAUUGGUAUGUGAUGCAUCUCCCUAUGGAGUAGGAGCUGUACUUAGCCACAGACUCCCAAACGGCACUGAAGCCCCUAUAGCGUUCUAUUCACGAACAAUGUCCCCGGCUGAGAGGAAUUACAGCCAGCUAGAUAGGGAGGCUCUCGCAAUAGUGUCAGGGGUGAAAAAAUUUCACGAAUACGUUUUUGGGCGAGAUUUCGAAAUUGUCACUGAUCACAGACCGUUAUUGGGGUUACUGGCUGGCGACCGCCCAACGCCAGUAGCACUCUCACCUAGGCUGACCAGAUGGACUAUCUUUUUGGCCGCAUACUCCUACAAGCUGCAGCAUCGGCCUGGAAAGGAGCUGGGGCAUGCGGACGCAUUGAGCAGAUGCCCAUUGCCAGGGGAAAUCGAGGACCCCACCCCGGGCACACCCGUCCUACUAAUUGACUCUUUGGGUUCGGGGCCAGUCACAUCGCAGGAAGUGGCUCGGGCCUCCUACCGGGACGUUGUUUUAAGGACUGUAAUCGGUUGGGUUCAAAGGGGAUGGCCCGCGGCGCGGGGCGACCGUUCCAAGGAAUUUGUAAAGAAAAAAGGGGAAUUGUCCGUACAAGGGGGGUGCCUGCUCUGGGGGGAUAGGGUGGUAGUCCCCGAGAAACUGAGGAAAAAAGUUCUGGAACUCCUGCAUGAGGGUCACCCAGGAAUUGUGAGGAUGAAGGGUUUGGCUAGGAGCUAUGUCUGGUGGCCCCUAAUGGACAGGGAAAUCAGAGACUCAGUAUGGGCACAUAAUUACAGCGACGGCCCAAACUGGAAGAGGGGGAUAGUAAUAGACAAAACGGGCCCCAAAUCUUAUCUAGUGGAACUAGACGAUGGCAGAGUCUGGAGGCGCCACAUAGACCAAUUAAGAAACAGAUUGAGCGAUAAGGCAGAAUCAGGCGAGACCAGCCCUGACUAUGAUUUAAUUAACCCCACAGCUGACUGGAGCCGAGAACAAACAGAAAUCGUAAGCAAAGAACCAAACAGAGACUUAUCUGAGUCAGGCGAGGUCCAGCGACACCCUCCGGUCCCUCUAGAGGACAGCAGGCCCGAGCCGGCGAAUAAUCCAGGGCCGGAUGGCCGGGAGGAGGAGCUCAGAGGAACGAAAAGUCCCUCCGGCACGCUCGACUCAACUCCAGAAAGUGAACUGCGCAGGUCCGGGAGAGUCAGGAGACGCCCCACGUACCUGCAGGACUACGUAGAGAAGUAGUAUGCAAAUAUUGGCAAAGUGCCUUCUGGGAGGGAAGGAGUGUAAUGUAUUACUGUAAGUUUUGGCGGGAGUUUUAGGCGGGAAAUAUCUCGUUUCUGAUUGGAUGCAGCCUCAGG